GCUCCAGUUGGCCCACAGCUCACACCAUUGAAUGUUCUGCUAAUGCAGCCCACAUGGGGUGCAGUCCCCGGUCACUUAGAAGUUGGACAGUCCUGUUUCAAAUUACCUUUAAACCUGCGCAGAAUGUCAGCAUCUUUCACUGGUCCAUUCCUUCUAAAAAGUAUAAUCACUAGAGUAAGACCCACUAACCUUGGCAAAGCAGAAAAGCCAUCUAAGGUCUUACUAAUGACAGAAGGCAUGAUUAAAAUGGAAACAAAAGGAAAAGAAACUGCUUGUAAAGCAAUGACAGACACUGCUACUGAGGAUGGUGACAUAUGUUACAACUGAACAGCUCUGAAAUGUCACUGAGAAACAGCCCACAAUUGUUGCUGUUCGGUAGUUUUCACAGAUGCAACACCCUAGUGUUUAAGGCAGAUCAGUCACCUUUUAGGUAGCUAAAGUACUGUGGCUGUGACACAAAGCCUGGGAGUCCAGCUGUCCAGCUUGCCUUGCAAUGGGUGAGGUAGGGUGGGGUGUGGAGGGAAGAAGUGCUUGCAUCCACUCUAGGGAUGUUCCAGAGUGUGGGUGACCUGGGGCUGAGGCACUUCCACUUUUGUGCUUUCCUCUCUCUCCUAAACAUGAGUUCAAUAAAGUUGCCUGAUCUAGAUCAAAUGUCAGUACGUGCACCUAAUUUGUGGGGACUCAGGAGGGCAAGAGGAAAGGAAUGCUCAAACCUAUGUUUUUGGAUUCCCAGGGGUUAGGGGUCAUGAUGAGGAGCUGCAAUUAAAUAGGGAGUGAAGACACAGUUGGAUGUUGUCAUGACCCAAUGGUUUUGUGUGUGCUUCGGCACUGCAGAAUUAUUUUCCGCCACAUGGAGCUUUCUUUGCACGGUGCAAUUCUCAGUUGCAUAGAGAAAACCCCGGUGCAAAGAAGUUCCUGCCACCCAUAUGUAAAUUUGUUUCCCACUAUUGGCUGUUUCUAAAUUAUUCCCACGUGGCGGCUAGCGAUUGGCUUGCUAGCUGUAUAAAAGGUUUGAACAGUUUCCGCCCAAGUUGAAGAGGACUCCACAUCCAUCUUGUGGGGAGACUGAUCACGCAGCAGAGUAAUAGAAACUUUGUGUGUGUCUUAGAGGAGUUCGGCGGCCUAAUCAACCACCAACCUCUUCCCGUCUCGUUCGUUAAAUUCUUAAGACGUAUCUACGUUCUUUUCUGUGCGCUUGUCAAGAGUAUCCAGAGCUCUGCUCGUGUUCGUUUAGCAGAGCCUAGCAAACUCCGCUUGUGUGUCUUCGGUGGAGCCUAGCAAACUCCACGUGUGUUCGUUUGUAACUGCAACGCAAGCAAGUUUUCCUGCCUGCACCGCAACCAUCUAUGGUGGUCUGCCCUGCUGUCCCCGGAUCAUGCGGGUGGCCCUCCUCUGGACCGUCUCAAUGCUGUCCACAUCCCUCCUGAAGCGCGGCGCCCAGAACUGGACGCAGUACUCCAGCUGUGGCCUGACCAGUGUCGCAUAGAGUGGGAGAAUCACCUCCUUGGCCCUGCUUGAGAUGCAUCUGUGGAUGCACGACAAGGGCCCAUGAAAACAGCUCAUCCAUCAAUCUAUGACAUGUAUUUUUUAAGUAAAAAAAAGAGUAACUCUUUGUUGAAAGGAGAAAAAAAAAUACAAGAAAUACUGUACACAUUUAAGAGGAAAGAAGAUGGGUCAUUUUUUACAGUACAUCUGCAACCUGCAGAUGCCCCAUGGCACUUCACCGAGUUACUGUCUUCAUUCUCCUAUUGUGUAGCGAUUACUAUUUACAGCCUCUUGGUCUUACUUCUCAUGUUGAUUUUGAUUGCCCUGUUGUCAUUUGCACAUUAACAAUUGUGGAAUGCCACCAAACCAUUAAAAAUGGUUUGUUUACAUAAGAAGUCCUCAGACUGGCAUAUUUUAUUAUGCCCCUUUGCUGCAGGAAGGUCUGUGACAAUUUAUAAUUAUAGUUAGGCUCACUUGUAAUCAUUAACAGUUUUCAUUCAUCUUCUUCCCCUCCCCCCACACCGAAAUCUCCCUGUCUGGCAGAACAGUUCCCUUUCCUGCCAAUUCAUCAUAAACACUUCAGAUGUUAAGAUCUGGUCUUAAGGCAAAAUAUAUUAGGCAGAAAAUACACAGCUUUGAGCAGUACCAUAUACUGUUUAUUUUCAUGCAGAGUGGCAACUACAUUAGCAAAACUGUCACCACUAAUAAAAGACUAAGACACAUAUGCCAUCCCUCUCCAGUACACAGCUUUGCUUGAUUCAAGGAAAUUGAGUGGCUUUUCUGAAAGGGUGUCACUGACUAAUUCAAAUGCGAGUACAUUAGAGAAAGGGAGUCCAUUUUCAGGACAGGAGAAAGAACUGCUGAUGACAAAGCCCAGGGUGGGGAGGUCAGUACUUUGCACAGAGCACACUGGCAUUCCUUGGCUUUAAAUCACGCUGGGAAACAGCAGAGAGAAAGUCAUUUCCUUCCUCAACAGAAUCGGCAUAUCAAGGGCUACCUAAGGCACUAUUACUUCAGUGCAUUGGACAGAAGUCACAGACACAAAGGGAGUACUUAACGCACCCACCCAGGCUGGGUGCUACACUAACACAGAAUAUGAACAGAUCUGUUUUGCUGCUUUAAAAAAUGUGGGGUUGAGCUGCACCUAGAAAGCAUGCAUCAACUGCUAUGAUCUCAUACUUUCCUCUGCUGGAUCCUGCAGUGGUGCAACUUAGCUAAGUCACCCUAACUUGGAUAAUGAAUGAAGCAGGGGUAAGUAAAGCUGGAGUGGUUUUGCUACACUUGUGUUGCUACAGAAUCAUGCAGGUUAACAGCUGCAUCAUAGCAACUUAUAUGAGUAUCCUCCACACACACGCUUACCAAAACUGAAAAAUCUGUCCUUUCUAAAGGCCUAAAUUUCUGUCCAGAAAAAUACCCUAAUAAAAUACUUCAAUGUGGAGACCUAGAAGAAUUCUUCUGAUGCCUGCGCCUCAAAGGAUAUUUCCACGACUAAACUGAACCCACUCCCAACAACAACUCAUCCUCUGACAACAUUCAGGAAAGGAUCAAUGCCAAAAAGCCCCAAAAAACAUCAGAUUGGACACCUUGCAGUGGACGAAACCCUAACCUUGACCGCUACAUUGACUGCUUCAGGGAAAGAGUGAACAAUGAAAUAAUCAGCAAAACACGCCACCACAACAACUUCUCUCUACCAGAGAAAAAGGCCAUAGAAUCUCUAAGAUCUAACCACCCAAUAGUAAUAAAACCAGCAGAUAAAGGAGGAGCCAUAGACAUCCUAAACCGUGAGGAUUACAUAAAGGAAGCCAAGAGACAGCUCUCUGACAUCACCUACUACAAAGAACUACAAGAAGAUCCUACUCCCCUUUUCACCAAAAAACUCAAUACCAUCAAAUCAUUUCCAUCAAGAUUACAAGAAAAACUACAGACCUUGAUCCCCCCCGCUACCUAACCCGGGGACUUUUUACAUGCUCCCUAAAAUCCACAAACAAGGGAACCCUGGCAGACCUAUCAUAUCCAACCAUGGGACCCUAACUGAGGAAAUAUCAGGUUUCGUUGAAUCCAUCCUAAAACCGCUUGUCACCCACAGAGCAAGUUUUGUCCAAGACACUACAGACUUGCUACGGAAACUUAAAAACAUAGACCACCUUCCCAGCAAGACACUCCUAGCCACCAUGGACGUUACCAGCCUAUAUACCAACAUCCCACACCAGGAUGGCAUCCAAGCCUGCCUUACAUAUCUACAGGAACAAGAUUACAACCCAGAAUACAGACCCAAAGUUAUUACUGAGCUUAUACACUUCAUCCUCACACACAACAAUUUCACUUUUAAUAAUCAACACUUCCUCCAGAUGAUGGGAACAGCUAUGGGCACUAAAAUGGCCCCACAGUAUGCCAACCUUUUUAUGAGCCACCUGGAAGAAGACUUCCUCCAGAACUGCACCAUCAAACCCUUACUAUACCUAAGAUACAUCGAUGACAUCUUCAUCAUUUGGAGUGAGAACCUGCAAUCUCUGAUUGAGUUCCAUCAGAAAUUCAACAGUCACCACCCCUCCAUCCGACUUUCUUUAGAAUACUUCAGCACCAAUAUUCCCUUUUCAGACACAAUGAUCAGUAUCCAGAAGGGUAAAAUACAGACCACAGUAUACAAGAAACCCACAGACCAACAUACAUAUCUGCACAGAACCAGCAAUCACCCGAAACACACCAAAAAAGUUGUGAUAUACAGCCAAGCCCUCAGAUACCACCGCAUCUGUACUGAAGAGAACGCCCUGCAGUUCAACAAGGAGAAAUGCAAAGUGCUGCACCUAGGGAGGAAAAAUGUCCAGCACACCUACAGCCUAGGGAAUGACCUGCUGGGUGGCAUGGAAGUGGAAAGGGAUCUUGGAGUCCUAGUGGACUCCAAGAUGAACAUGAGUCGGCAGUGUGACGAAGCCAUCAGAAAAGCCAAUGGCACUUUAUCGUGCAUCAGCAGAUGCAUGACGAAUAGGUCCAAGGAGGUGAUACUUCCCCUCUAUCGGGCGCUGGUCAGACCGCAGUUGGAGUACUGCGUGCAAUUCUGGGCGCUGCAAUUCAAAAGGGAUGCGGAUAACCUGGAGAGGGUCCAGAGAAGGGCCACUCAUAUGGUCAAGGGCCUGCAGACCAAGCCCUACGAGGAGAGACUAGAGAAACUGGAUCUUUUCAGCCUCCACAAGAGAAGGUUGAGAGGCGACCUUGUGGCUGCCUAUAAGUUCAUCACAGGGGCACAGAAGGGUAUUGGUGAGUAUUUAUUCACCAAGGCGCCCCCACGGGUUACAAGAAAUAAUGGCCACAAGCUAGCAGAGAGCAGAUUUAGAUUGGACAUUAGGAAGAACUUCUUCACGGUUCGAGUGGCCAGGGUCUGGAAAGGGCUCCCAAGGGAGGUGGUGCUCUCCCCUACCCUGGGGGUCUUCAAGAGGAGGUUAGAUGAGCAUCUAGCUGGGGUCAUCUAGACCCAGCACUCUUUCCUGCUUAUGCAGGGGGUCGGACUCGAUGAUCUAUUGAGGUCCCUUCCGACCCUAACAUCUAUGAAUCUAUGAACCCGGGAUUGCCACCUCACCAAUCUUAAAAAGGCUUUCACCCAGCAAGGACACUCCUCCAGAGGCAGAUCGCACGUUUGAAAGAGCCACCUGGAUACCACGUGAAGAACUGCUGCAGUACAGAAGAAAAACACCCACAAAUCGCACACCACUGGUUAUGACCUAUCACCCCUCCCUUAAACCUGUAUGGAAAAUCCUCAAAAAAUUGCAACCCAUACUAGGAAGAGCCCCUAUUCUUAAAAAGAUCUUCCCAGAGCCACCCAUCCUAGCCUUCAGACAAGCACCGAACCUCGCCAACCUCAUCACCAGAAGCAAGCUUCCUCAAGCCCAGAACACACCAAAAGGAUCCAGACCGUGCCAGGACAAGAAAUGCAAAACCUGCCAACACAUCUCCACCACCCCCACUAUUACUACACCCCACAACAGAGCCAUCGGCAUCCCAAGAUCUUACAGCUGCACCUCCAGAAAUGUAAUAUACCUCAUCCAAUGCACCAAAUGCCUUGAUGGAAGAUAUGUAGGAGAAACCAAACAACAACUGCGCACCAGAAUGAACGCACACCGAAAAUCUAUCAAAGACAGAAACACCCAAUUACCGGUGGGGGCACAUUUCUCACAGGAGGGCCACUCUCUCUCCAAUCUCUCAGUCCUGAUCCUCAAGGGAAACUUACACAACACUUCCCAGAGAUGAGCCUAUGAGCUCCAUUUCAUCAACCUGCUGGAUACUAGAGAUCAUGGACUAAACAUAGACAUUGGAUUUUUGAUACAUUAUAAUCUGCCUGGCAACUGACUCCCCAGCCCAGCCUCUGGUUUGUUUACUUUUCAUUCCAUCCAGGAAGAGCACACACCAACUGCUAAAACUUGCUUAGCCUGACAAAGGAUUUUUGAACCUGAAAGCUUGCUUAAUAACUGUUCUCCAACCAUUUUGGUUGGUCUAAUAAAAGAUAUCAAAUUCACCCAAGGAACCUUGUCUUCCUUUGAUCUGAUACAUUUGUCUACACCCCAGUUGAUUUUAAAGUUGUUUUGUUUUAAAAAAGCUGUCUGCUGUCACUACAAACAUCUGUUGGUUGCAGAGAUGCCAAAGUAUCCAAAGGAGGCUCAAGUUUUGUAUUCACUGAAAGAACUGCAAUAUAAAGAGGAGUUCUUCAGCUAGGGCCUCCUCCUGGAUGAACAGAGCUACAGGACUCUUCCCCCUUACAAAACAUGGAAGCAUAUAAUCUUACACCUACAUGGAUACACUUCUCAAGAAACUGAAGAUUGGCAGCAAACUGGCCAUAUAGAUCUGCAAUGGGGUGUAAUUCCAAGACUCAGUGCUCCAGGAAACCCCAUCAAUGUCCUGUGCGUUUCACCUGUUUUUAUAUGGGAACGCAAGCAAGUCAGCUGAAAGGCUACCUAAUCUUACUAUGGCUCCUGUAACUGUCAGCUGCAAUAAUGCUUUCUUUAAUUGAAUCGGAACAGAUUUCUGGAAUACUUAACCAAUUGU